AUGGCUAGAGCAAAGAAGGUAGCUGCUCGGCCUCAUCCAACAGCUUCGGGGCUUGAAGACUCUUCAACCGCAACUUCACCUUCUGCUCCUCGGGAAAUUGAACUCUUCCUCCAGCAAGUUCAACCCAGCAAGCUCUUACGGGUUCAAACCAGCAAGUUCCUACUCCUGCAAGAGUAUGAUAAGGUUGUCAAGGGAAAAGAUGCUGAAGGGAAUGAUGUAGAUAUUGUAUUAUCCCCAAAUGUUAGUAAGAGUCAGAGGGUUCUUGUGGGAGAUAAAUCUCUAGGAAACAAACUUACUGCAGUAGCUUAUGAUCAAGAUGACUAUGUCGAUGCGACAGUCGAAAUGAUUGUCAUGGAUGAGUUGCCUUUUAGCUUUGUUGAGAAAAAAGGUUUUAACCGGUUUUGUGGUAGAGUGUGCCCUUUGUUUAAAGUACCCUCUCGUAGGAAACUAGUUAGAAGGUUCCUAUGCAUAUAUGAUGCACACAAAAAAGAACUAUCCAAAAUUAUGAAGGAGUAUAGAGUGUGUCUCACAACGGACACUUGGACUAGUGUCCAAAACAUCAAUUAUAUGGUGCUGACUGCCCAUUUUAUUGAUGUUGAUUGGAAGAUGCACAAGAGGGUUAUAAAUUUUUGUGUUAUCCAAAACCAUCAAGGGGCAACCAUAGGUAGACUUAUAGAGUCUUGUUUGCCGCAGUGGGAGAUUGAGAAGGUGUUGACCAUAACUGUUGAUAAUGCAUCUACAAAUAAGUCGGCUUUAGAGUGGCUUAGAUCAAAGAUGAAUAAGUGUUCAUCUUACAAAACAGUUUUAGGUGGUAAAUACAUGCAUGUGAGGUGCACAGCUCACAUAACCAAUUUGAUAGUGGGACAUGGCUUGAAGAGGCUGCAAAAGAGUGUUUUAGCCAUUAGGAAUGCUGUCAAGUAUGUUAGGUCUUCACCUAAUAGACUAGACAGCUUUAGGAAAGCUGUCGAGAAAGAAAAGCUUCCUCUUACAGGGCUGGUUUGUUUAGAUGUCCCAACUAGGUGGAAUUCAACUUAUCUAAUGUUGGAGGCAGCCUUGAAGUUUAAGAAGGCUUUUGCAAGGAUGGAGGAAGAUGAUGAUGAGCUUUAUCUAGGUUAUUUCAAGGAACCAGAGGAGGAAUAUGAUGAGGAAGGCAAUGUCGUUCCUAGUAAGAACAAAAGAAACAGAGUUGGGCCUCCGGAGGAACCAGAUUGGGACAAGGCUGAGAUUUUUGUUGAUUUGCUUAGAGUAUUUUAUGAUGUGACCCUUAGAGUUAGUGCAAGCUUGCAUCCAACUGUGAAUACAACAUUCCAUGAUGUUGUUACCAUGGAGAGAAACAUAGAAAACCUCUUCAUUGCACCCGAGAUGGCAACUGGUUCCGACACUGAAAAUGUAUUAACUGAUAUGGCUGCAAAUAUGAGAAGCAAAUUCUUGAAGUACUAUGGUGGCUUUACAGACCUGAACCACUUGGUUAUUGUUGGACUUGUGCUAGAUGCAAGAUUCAAGCUUAGGAAUUAUACACAUUUUUUGAAGGAAGAGGGUAUGGAAGAUGUCGAUGUGCAAAGUAGAACUAAUGAGAUUAGAUCUUUGUUAAUGGCGCUAUAUGAUGAGGUACAACUCUUUUUAUUUCAGUUUUUUGAAUAUUAG